AUGGCAAGCCAUGGUGUUGCGCGCCCCGCGAUCAGUGUGGUUAGAACGGACGAACAACUCCACGAGGAGCAGCAAAGGAUCCAGGAAUAUCGUGAUCUGGAGGAAUUGAUCAGAGCGAAGAUAGCGGAAGAGCAGUACACAGUCGAAGUCCUCGACCUCACAUCGAAGCUCCUAAAGGAAAACCCCGAAUAUUAUACAAUAUGGAACGUCCGGAGGCGUUUGCUAAUCUACGGAUUAUUCUCCAAAUCUUCGGAUUCCUCAUCGCCCUCGAAGGCUUCGCAGAAUACUUCGCCAACCGACACUACACAAACCUCUUCCAUACCCUCGUCCGCCUCUACUUCUACUAUACCCGCGGAUUCGAACACGAUCCAGCACGACCCAAUAUCCCAGACUCGUGGGAAGACUGGUACAACUCUUGAUCUGAUCUCGGCAGACUUGGAAUUUUUGUUUCCCAUCAUGAUGAAGUUUCCAAAAUGCUAUUGGCUCUGGAAUUAUCGUCUUUGGCUCCUACAUCAGGCAAAUGAGAGAUUGGAUUGGCAAAUAGCCCGAGGUCUUUGGACUCGGGAACUGGUGCUUGUUGGAAAAAUGCUCGUCAAGGAUAGCCGCAAUUUUCAUGGCUGGGGUUACAGACGGACAGUCGUUGCACAACUGGAAAGCCAGAAGCUGCAUGGCAGUAGUAUGGUUGAAUCGGAAUUCGAGUACACUACAAAAGUUAUACAUGGAGACAAGGGUCUGUCAAAUUUCUCGGCAUGGCAUCGACGGAGCAAGUUGAUUCCCAAGUUACUUGAAGAACGGCAAGCGGACGAUCCUACUCGGCGGCAAUUUUUAGAUGAUGAAUUUGACCUAAUUAUUGCUGCAAUGUACACAGAUUCAUAUCCAUAUGCCCAGUCAGCCUGGUUUUACUACCAGUUUCUCAUGACAACAUUAACUGAUCCCGUCGGUCACGCCACGAUCACACCGAAUUUCACAUCAGAAGAAAGAAUUGAGUUUUUGGUCAGGCAAUUAGAAGUAUUAAAAGAUAUGCUGGAUGGUGCUGAGGAUUGCAAAUGGAUAUACGACGCUCUAAUCGAGUAUACCUUAUGUCUCUCACGAAUGGAGGAACGCCAACUACAAAUUGACGAAAAAGAUGAUUGUUCUCAGUGGCUAACAGAAUUGAGGAAACUAGACACUCUUCGGAGCGGGAGGUGGGUUGAUCUGGAACUUGACCUUCGUGGCAACAACAUCCCGGGGGUGUGA